UGACCAUCGACGACGAUGGAUGCACUCAGCACGCAGAUCCAGCAGCUCAACACCCACGAGCAUACAAUGCCUUCGACAGUUCCCACUUGUCCAAUGGAUCGUCUGCCGGUCGAGCUGCUCAUCGAAUGCUUCAUGUACACCGCGCACACCGCCCCCCUCACCCCCGUCUCGUUGACCGGCGUCUGCAGGCAUUGGAACUCUGUAUUAUCACGAAAUCCACGCUUGUUUCAUCUUAUCCCCGUAGACGAUACGACAUUCUCACUUGACACCACGCGAAGACUAUCUCAGUAUUACUUGGAGAGGUCGAAGCGCACUGCUUUUGAUGUCCAUCUCAAUGUGGCAUCCAGAGACUCAUUCAUAACCCUCCUGGCACCCUUUUUCGGUGAACUAUCACGAUGGCGCUCGUUAACGAUUGGACCCAUUGGAGAGUGGAAGGAGGAGAGGGUCACAUUUUUCGGGAUGUGGGCGCCGGAGGUGAAGGAUCAGUUUCUGGAGGAGUUGAGCUUGAACGUGGUGGAAGAGGUCGAGUUGGAGGAUAUCAUCAAGAAUGUCCCACCGCAGGAUGAAAAUGGCGAAUAUCCAAAGACCUUUAUUCCACGGCAGCCGAACCAUCUCCUCAUGAGUAACGUCGUCUCCGCACUCCCACUUUCUCUUCCAACGCCUCUACGUAUCACUUCACUCUACCUCACGGACGGCCCGACAUACAUCUUUAAUGUGAACAUAAACCCCAUCGACCUGCUUCGAUUCCUGAAUUGCUGCCCGGAGCUAGAGUUCCUUUCGUUCACGGGCUCCAUGGUGGAGAAAGAGCCACGGCCGGAAGAUGUGAAACGAGGAGCACCGAUGGCGAAUCUUCCCAACCUACGUUCGCUCGUAUUACACCGGACGCUGUGCACACGGGUCAUCUUGUCCUAUAUUAACUGUCCGAAGUUAGAGGAGCUCUAUCUCGAGCACCUCAACGUCGACUUCGAAUUCGCCACACAUAACCCUUACCUUCCGCGAGGUCCUCGGAAUGCCAGCGCCACUUUACCUCCUUCAUCCGAAAUCGCAUCUGCCGACCUUCUGGUCACACAUCCGAUUGUAUCCAACCCCUCAAGCGCUCUACCGCCCUCUCCUGCCCUCCCCAGCCCCGUCCCAAAUAUUGCACCUACUGCCAACUUCGCAUUCGCCACAAACACACCCCCAGACCCUGACGCCCCCAACGUUCCUGAUGCGAACGACGACGACCUUAACAUAAUGCUGAUCGACGCAGUCUCCGAUAUCGAUCUCUCUUCCUUGCACUACGCUGAAGAAGAAGGCGACUCGGACGACGAAUUCCCCGACUUCUCACAAUCCCCCUUCAGCGACCACGCGACCGGCAUGGGCCUCCGCUCCCUCCUCACGCGCUGCAACCCGCCUCUCAAAGUCCUCGAGAUGGACUAUGCCGACAUGCGCACGAAAGACUUUGAGUGGUUCUUCGGACGCGCUGAUCGGCUCGAAGAAUUCCGCAUCGUUGCGUCUGAUAUGUCAGACCGCGUCAUGUCACGAUUCGCACCCUUUGACUUUGACAUCACGCCGCCUUCGUCGCCUGAGCCGGAAGAGGCGGAACAUCUGCUGAGGGAGGAUCCGGAGGAAUUUGAGAGGAUACGGAUGUCGAGGAGGGAGCCGAUAGAGAUUACUGGGCUCAGAAUGAGUUGCUUGAAGAGGCUGGAGUUGUAUAAUUGUCAGGUAGUGAGUGGGGAGGCGAUUGUGGAUGCGUUGACGAGGAGGUGUAGGGCGGCGGACGAUUUUCCGACUUGGCCGUCGUCGGCGGGAUGGUCGGAGCGGCAGAAUUGGAGGAGGCUGGAGCAUGUCGCGGUCGUGGGGUGUGGGAAGUUUGGGCAGACACAUGCGAUGGAGCUGACAGAUCUGUUGGGGGAUAGGGUGAGCUUUGUUUGAUGGUCAUCUCUGGCUGUAUACCGAAUGCUCUUCGGAAGAGGGACGUCUCGAGGAAGGCGUACUUGGGGAUGGGAGAUUGUAGGUGUUCGUCAAGUGGCUCGAUAUCUUUGGUUAGUCUUACGAUUCUUAAUGUUUUCUUUCCUAAACUUGGACCACUAUUGUAUGAUAGUUGGUACAAUACGAAUACAUAACUGUAACAGCCCUAAUCUAUGC